AGCCCUGUCCUUUCAACUUCUUUCUUGCAAAAACCCAACAUUUUUGUCAUAGGCAAAGUUACUGGUAUAUGCAGUGGAAAGGAAUUGGUGCUGGGUACCUUUGCCACUGACGGCAAUGGAAGCGUUAACUUCAGUGGCAGCAACCUGGGGCUUUUGCUUAGGAGAAGUAACCAAUAUAGAGCAGAGUUGUGUCUGCAAAGGUAAAAGCCACUGCUACUGUGAUGGAAUGAAAGGUAAUAAGGGUGAAAAAGGAUUUUCUGGUGCUCAAGGUGUACCUGGCCAGACAGGUUUCUGUGGCCCUGAGGGACCUCCAGGGCCACAGGGACCCACGGGUUUUCCAGGGCGGAUAGGUUUAGUUGGACCCAAAGGUGAAAGGGGUGAACCAGGAAACAUUGGUCCUCCUGGAGGUCAAGGAAUUCCAGGAUGCAAUGGCCCAAAGGGUAUUGAUGGCCUCAAAGGAGAUAAGAAUUGUCCAUAA